AUGUUUCAGCUCCCCGGCCGUGUACCCAUGGAACAACGCACUUUCCAGUUUUCGCAGCCUGACGGAAACGCUCUAACCGUAAGGCUGUGCUCACCAGUAAUCCGAUCCGAUGUCAGUAAAUAUGGACAUUACACCUGGAAAUGUGCUGAGGUUCUCUCGGAGCAUAUAGCGAAAUUUCCCGAAUUGGUACGGGGGCGUCGCGUUCUUGAAUUAGGCUCCGGAACAGGCCUAUGUGGUCUAGUAGCCGGCAUGUGUGGUGCAUCCUUCGUUACCUUUACCGAUAGUGAUCCCACGCUUGAAACUUAUUUACUGCAAAGUGCGCAGGAGAACGGGAUCAAAGAAACCGUCGGUUUCCGGUUACUUGAUUGGGAGCAUCCAACCCACAAAUGGAGACCAUUUGAAUUCGACUUACUUCUGGCUUCUGACACGCUUUUUGAGAAACGAGGUUGGCAUAUCCGCUCAUUGUCCAACAAGUUAUCUAUCAGUAUAUGAACCUUUUUUGCAGACCGCCGUCUUAUUGUUAAAUUCACAACCGGAGGCCUUUAUGUUAUUAGCUCUUGAACCCCGAGGGUAAUACAUGGAAAAUCCUAAUGUCUUUUUCUUUUUAGAUCACUUACGAGUCUUUCAAUACUCUUCAGAAAGUACUUCCUUGAGUGCACUCCGGAAGAUGUGCACUAUCUUCGCUUUCAUUCCGUGCAACUAUAUCGUGUGAGACUCAAGACGAGCGUUUAAUGUAAAUACGUCUGUGCAUUCUUCAGCCUUGUACGGGUUUUCAGAUGUGGCUUGGAAAACCCCUACUUAUCGGCUAGGUAACG